AUGUCUAAAUCGCUAACUCUAUCUCUCCCUUAUUCCUCCAUCUGGACAUACGACCCGCCUUCCUCCCCCGUCUUCUAUACCAAAGGCCUCAACCGAUCGCGCGGAGAAUCACUAGGCAAAGACCACCCGAAAGAGAAAGAGAAAGAUAAAGAUUGGGAACGUGAACGUGCAAGCAAGUCCAAAUCUACAUCGCAGAGCCCUUCCACCAUCCCCCGAGCGUCCAUGACGUCCGAUCCCAUCAAGACCAAGACACCUUCAGCAAAAGCCAAAGUCCUCCCCUGGGUUCAAGGCGUACACGACUCGGAAGGCUCGAUCCCAGACGGCAUGUUUGGUCCAUACAACUCGCGGCCGGCUUCUAUGGUGGAGCAGCCUACUACGGCGCCUAGGCAUCCGUUCGCUUACACCCCCGCCUCGAGGCCGAGUUUGCCGUUCGCAGCCAUCGCCAACAACUCCAACACUGGUGCCGGCCACCAGGCGCAGAGUUCGAAGGGGCAGAGGCCGGAGAGUGAGGCGUUCAGUCGGGGGGCGGGGAUGAGGGAUCUGUCAGGUGGGCAUGUGCUGGGAGGGGUGAGGGUGAGGGGGGAUGAGACGCCUGCUGGGGAGAGUGGGACGAGCCCUGGGGAGGGGACUUUUGGUAUGGAAGGCAAGCCUGGACAGCGGACUCCACCCCCGCUAUCAAAAUCACCCCUACCACCGACGACCAAACCCCCCUCGCCCGACUCGCCUUCCAACACCAGACAAGCACAAGAACAAGAACACCACCUCCACAAACCGCACCACCCCUACCCUUUCUCCCCCGCCGAAGCGCUCGCGAAACAGCGGUCCGCAAUGGCUGAUGCCCGUGCCGCCGCGCUUGCGCAGCUGGAAGCGGCGCAGCAUAAUGCUGACGAGCUGCUGGAAGGCCAGAUGAGGGAAGUUUUGUCUAUGGACAUUACUCAAGACGGCGGAGGCGGUGGUGGUGGGGAGGGGGGGCAGAAGGAGAAGGGACCGAGACAGACGUUUGAUACGACCACAAGCGUACCGUCGUUUGGACAUAUUCAUCAUCAGAAUGGGAUGCCUAUCUCUACUCGUCCAUCCCUCCAGACCGCGCCCGACGGCUUCUUCCCGCCCUUCUCCCACGCCCAAGCACAAGGGCACACUUCAGCACCGCCAGACGUCUUUCGAAUCCCAUUCGGCGUCCCCACCGGGACACACGUCCCGAGACCAUUAAUGGUCUUACGCGAUUCCUCCGGCGGGGCUGGUGGGCUCGGGCUCGGGGGACUAGGGGGACUGGCUGCCCUGGCGGGUGGGGGUGGGCAGAGGCGGGGUGAUGAGAGGAGCGCGUAUGUUGAGACUGUGCCGGAUGUGAGUCUCUUGUUCAAGGAGGAAGAAGUGCUCUCACCGGAACAUACGCUCAGGACGGAUGGUCGGACGGAGGGAUCUCGUUCGCGCGCUGUGAGCCCGGCGGCCGCACGGACGGAGAGUCAUCUGCUACCCUCGCAUUCACAACACCCCACCGAGCGUCUAUUGCCAACGCAAGCCACCCGCGCACCGUCUUCCCCUCUCGUGCCUUCGCCCAAGCCAGCAUCCCAAGUGCCCUCCAUGGCCACCAAGACCACCGUCAGGGGGAGCAAGACUUCAAGAGCCGCAGCGAAAGAAGAAAAGAAGGCUGCGAAAGCUGCUAGCAAGGCGGGUACGGGGCGACCCCUGGCUGGUCCAGGGACCUCCGACUAUACACAAAUCCCACCUGAUUCCUACGUCUCGACAUUCCCUGGCGGUAUGCUCCCUCGCAACCAACUUCAGUCAACGCACGGGACAUCCCUCUCCAUGCCGCCUCCGCCUCAUUCUCUCCAAGUCCCCGGGUCCAACCAGACUUCUGGCAAUGGGGGUGGGAGUGGUACAGUGUAUACGGAAACGGGGGUGGGAUCGGUGCCCGUCCCGGGCUCGGGCGCGCCGCCUCCGACGUUUGCGGGUACGCAGUAUACGAGUAUGGCUGUGCCCAACGUCAGCCAGAUGGAGGCGCAUGAGCACCCGCUUGUGGCGAUGAGUGCUUGGGGACCGGGACCGGGGGGUUUGCAAGCUCAGAUUACUGGGCAAGGGCAGGGGCAGCAGGCGGGUGGGUAUGCGCCGAGUUUGCAGCCGCAGGGUACUGGGUAUGCGCAGAGUCAGAGUCAGGGGAUGCCUUCUCAGGCUGCGGCGUCUCAACAACAGGUGCAGGGUGGGUUCGCGCCGAGUCAAGCGCCGCCUGCUCCUCUGCAGAGUCAAGCUACGGGGUACGCUCAGAGUCAAGUACCUCCACAGGGUACUACGGUGUACUCUCAGGCGCCGCCUGCGUCUCUGGCUCCGCAGGCUACGGGUUAUGCGCCGAGCCAAGCACAUCCCCAGGGUACUACGGUGUACUCGCAAGCUCCUCCUGCUUCUUUGCACCCGCAAGGUACGGGGUACGCUCAGAGCCAAGUACCUCCUCUGGGUACGGUGUACUCUCAAGCCCCGCCAACGACUAUACAUCCCCAAGCAACAGGCGGCUUGCAGACUCAAGCUCCUUCGACUCAUGCUCUGACGCAAGCGCCAGGCGGGACGGUGUACACUCAAGAUCCAAGCACCAUCUUCCCCCAAGGUUUGGGAUUGGACAGGCUCGCAGCUGCGUUCCACGGCCAAGUGCCAAUGAAUUUUGGUCAGGCUAUAGCCCCUGGUCAAGCCUACAACGCAGUGGAGGAGAACCAUGAAGUCCAAGUCAACCAUUCUCCUCUCGAGUCUGGUCAAAUCGACGAAUCACUCCUCUCUCCAACACUCUCGCAGCCUUCAUCUUUACCUUCGACGACGCUAUCCAACGUCAAGCGCCUUAUCGAUUCGAGUCGGUACCACGACGAGACGCUGUGUCAGCUGCUCGAUGCUGCGAGGCUCAACCUCAUCGGGGGCGAGGCGAAGAAGGCUUUACAGCGAGCUGCUAGGGCGCGAGUCGUCGAGCUCAAAGAGCUGCGCGAGAGAGGGGAAGAAGAGGACAGAGGGGGUGAGACCCCUGGGUUUGGGAAUGGGCACUCGCACUCGCAUUUGCAUACAUUUGUGGCUACAGAGUAUGACGAAAGCCGUGAAAGUCGCGGGAAGGAAAGGAGUAAGGAGAAGAGGAGGAGGAGGUCGAAGAGUAGGAAAGGAAGGACGGCUAGUGGGAAGAGUGACAAGGCGAGGACGACUGUGGCGGUUGAGGAGAAGGAGGAAGGUGCACCCGCUUGGGCUCAGGAUAUUAUGGCCCGCCUGACUGCAUUCGACCAGCGAUUCACAGCGCUCGAAGGGCAAAAACCAACUGACCAGCCCCUUCCACUCUCGUCCCGACGGGAAGCGUACUCGCAAUUCUCGCGAGAGGUGCCAAGCGGGUUGAUCGAUGAUCUCAUCUACAACGGUCUUCCCAGUAGCGGUCCUACUGGCGGCGGUGUCGACAACUCCCAGGGCUUUCCGCAGUCUGCUGCUGUCGCUGUCGGUUCGGCUCCAACACAGUCUCAAGCUCCUCCGACGAUGGAUGGUAUUGGGGUUGGUGUUCCUCCUGGUGUAGCUCAGAGUCAGAGAGCCGCGAGCGGUGUGCCAUCGCACUACAGCCAUAUGCCUAUUCCCAACGUAUCUGCGGGUAUCACUCCAGGCCAACAUCAGCCUUCUCAGUAUGCUCCUACCCAAGCUGCGCCCUUCCAGUAUGCUCCCACCACCCAUCAAAACGCGCCUACCCUUGCGCCUACGCAGAUAUCGCGCCAGCACCACCCAGGCGCAGGCGGCGCUAUGGGCGGUCCUCGAAACGCUUCGGGCGAUUUGCUCUGGGGUUCAGAGGUCGAAUUGCCCAAGAUGGGUACCACCCCCAAGAAAGGGUUCAACGAAGGCCCGACUAUCAAUAUCCUUGCGCCUACCGAGUCUGGGCCGGGGACUAUGGCGAGGACGGUAUCGGGAAAGUCUAUUGAGACGGAGCGGCUUCGGAACGGCGGUGGUAUGGAUGCGGUGACGAAUGAUGAAGCUGUUUCUGAGCAUACGCUGCCUACUGCUGCUUUGCCGGACCCUAGGGAGAAGGACUUGCCUCCGCAGCCGGCUGAGAGCGAGCAGAGUCAGCCGCCGGGUUCGACGCCUGAUGAUGCUUUGACGAAUGCUCAGAGGAGUGUUUCUGGCACGCAUCUUGCUUCUCACGCGCCGACGACGACGGUGGCUGGGACGGUACCGAGGCAGAUGAGCCCGCCUGGGGUGGGGAGUCAGUAUGCGAGUAGCUGGCAGCCGGAUCAGUGGCCGCCGAGGUUGAAGACCAAGACUGCUGGAACGCAGCCUUCACAGGCUCGAGGUUCGCCUUCGCAGUAUACUCAACACCCCCAAUCGUCGCACAUCGUCCAAGGCUCGCCUUCGCAACUACGGCAGCAGGCUCAGACUUCCAAGUCUGUCCGAGGCUCCCCUCCCCCACCCGUGCCUACGCAAGCGUCCAACCUCACGCAAGUGGGAAUGCUUGAUCCGAACAUGCCGAUGUGGUCGGGUCAUGAGACUGCGCUAGGUACGGGCACUGUCGCGGGCCGACAGGGGACAAUGUACCACACGGCCAUUCAAACGCCUUCGUCCGUCCGUCCUCCGACCGCUUUUCCAACUCAAACUUCGAACCCGACCACUUUCCCCGCAAACAGUACUGCCCAGCCCCCGCUGCUCGAGACCAUGACAAGCCUCCAAGCAGCCUCCAACAUUCUCUCAAACGACUCACCCCCUCCCUCUAGGCGAGAUAUUCUCCGCAUCACCGAUCCUUUGGCAAGCGGGCCGAGUGGGGGCUGGCGGCCGUGGGAUCUGUUGACGCAGAGGCUGUAUAGCUGGGCGUUGAUUAUGGAGGAGAAGAGCUUUGUGAGGGCGUUGGAGGAUAUUAGUUUGGGGAGGCAGGUGGGAGAGUUUCCGUUGAGCGUGUUUAUGAUGCUGGCGUACAAGAGAUGGGUGAGAAAGACGCUGAGCGAGAAUCCGGCGGCUCCUUGUGACAAGCUCUUUGUCCCUCCUAAUCUUGCUAUUGCUAUCAACGCGGCGGUUCACGGGAGGCAAUACCGGGAAGCCAAAGAGAUCUUGUUGGACCUGUGGGACUGUGUCGGGCAGAAAGAACCUCCGAGGAUUAUUGUAGCUCUUGCUCCUCUAGGAGACGAGGUUGAUGAAUGGGCUGCCCAUCGAUACGACCUAUCCAACAAACACCUCACCUCCUACCGCGUCUCUCACCUCUCCGAAAUCAAGACCGACGGGCGUUCUUUCUGGUGGUGGGAGGUCAUUCGACAAGCCUGGCCACAAUCAAAUGUCCCUACUAUGGAAGAGUUGGAGAGCCGCGGUGGACAGAGAAUCAUCAACGAGCAUCGCGCCCCCGAAUACAAGCAUGAAAACUCGUUGUAUGCCGCCAACAUCAGUCGCAACCUUCUACUUGGCCAUCGCCCCGAACGAACCCACGACCUCACAAAGCAAAGAGAAGUGAUCUGGGCAGAGAUGAAGAGGUUGCUAGGGAAGAAGAGGAAUGGGAGGUUGAUUGUCGAUCCGGAUGCGCCCGAGCACCUCUACGACACGUGA